AUGCGGCUUGAAGUAGCCGCGCGCCACCAGGAGCCGCUAUUCGUCGUUCCCUUGAACUCUGCGCCACCUCCACCAGAGUUCACGACGCCGACUAGGGGAGCCGGCGAUGAGCACCCGAUCAUGGAGAGGGAGGGCGGCAAUGUCGCCAUGCCGGACAUGGCCGUGCCUCCACCACCGCCAUCUGGAGGGGCGCGAGACAAGCAGCCGGCUGCCCUGCCGGCGCCACCAGCCGAAAACGAGGUGGUGACGGGCCCAGCUCCUGAGGCCCUCACACCAACGCGCCGUCCUCUUGCGAAGGCGGCCUCAGCGCCACGACCGCUGGAAGCCGGUGCCGCGAGCUCAUCAGCCCCGGAUGCUGAAGCGACCAGCGCCGCGCCUGCUGACUGGGUGCGGGGAGGCGGGACGGGAGCCUUAAACAAGGCGAUCCUAGACGUCCAGGCCAAGCUCCGAGCUGAGGCCGACGCUCUCAAGCAUUGCAACAAGGCGUUCUUGGAUUCGCGAGCGGCCAUUCGGGAUUAUCACAACCUUCACGCGACCUCCUUCAACUCCAAUGUACGGGAGCUGGACCAACGGACCGCCGACUUGUCGGAAAAGGCCAACGCCAUCCUGCAGCAGCAGCUGGGUGAGGCGAACACCGCAUUGCGUGCCAAGGAGGCAGAGUGCAGCAAGUUGGCCGAGGAGCGUGACCGGCUGGCCACGCAACUGGCGGAGCAGGCGGAGCUUCUCCAGAAGGUCCAGAAGGAGGCGGAGGUGAAAGAGUCCAAUCUCCUCGCCGAGUUCGAUACAGAACGCUCCGCCUGGGCCGACAAAGAGACGCUCCUGACUGCCGGCUUCGGUAGUAUUGAAGACAUGGUUGAUGACUUCUUCCCUGGCCACUCUGGCGCCGCCAACCAGGCUAUUGAGGCUUAUCGCGAGGAACGGAGGGCGGAAGGUGCACAGAUCGAAGCCCAGGAGGAGUUGGUGGCGGUGGAGCGUGAUCUUGUCAAACGGGCGGCGGCGAUCGCCGAGUACACCAGCACCAGCAUCUUCAUCCCGGAGCUGGCUGAGAAUGGUGCCGAGGCGCCACCAGAGUGGAUACUACUAGGUGUUUCUGAAUGGAUCCCCACUGUGGUGGACGUGUCGCUCGCCAUCUUGGACCUGGCAGAGGAAGAAAAGCUCACGCGCAUCGAGGACAAGUAG